AUGGCAGGAGGCAGACUACUCCUCGCGCCUCUUAUCGCGGUCCUGGCGGCCGUGUUUGCUGGCUACAUUAAUUUCAGCAGCAUCUACCGCACCCUGCGCAUCGCCGGUGUCCUGCGGACUGACGCGAGCACCAUUGCAAACGAGGGGCUUGAAGCCAUCAAAAUACCCAAUACCCCGCACUGCGAGGAUCUUCAUCAUCACCUAGCCAGUGGCCUGCUUUUUACCGCCUGCGAGGGCAACUCGGAAGCCAGGCACUCCUGGUUCCCACCCCUUACCAUCUUUGAGGAUGAAAGCAAAGUAGUGGAGGCGCCCGGCGCCAUUACCGUCAUUGACCCCCAGAGUAUGAAGGCAAAGCGGCUCGAGUUUGAGGGCUUCUCCGGUCCGUUCGUCACCCACGGCAUCGACAUCAUCGAUGACCCCAAGGCACAGCCCGGCGAAGCUGUCUUCAUCUUUGCCGUCAACCAUCGCCCAAACAAGACCAAAAAUCUGCUGGCACCAAAAGCCGAUUCCGUAAUCGAGCUGUUCCACCAUGUCAUCGGAACAAGCACUGCCCGCUACAUCCGCACCAUCAAACACGACCUGGUCCAGAUGCCAAAUGACAUUCUAGCACUGUCUCCCACGUCAUUCCUCGUCACCAACGACCACUUCUACCGCGACGGCUACAUGCGGGUCAUUGAAGACAUGUAUGCCGGCGCCACGUGGUCCAACACCAUAUUCGUCGAAUUCGAAGCCAGCGCGACCGAAGACGAGACCGCUCUGGUCCAGGCCCACGUCGCCCUCACAGGGCUGCACAACAACAACGGUCUUGGCCGGGGCCGGACCCCCGACGAGGUCGUCCUCGUCAGCGCGGCGAGCGGCGAGGUCUACUUUGGCGCCCUCAAGCGCACGGCCGGCCAGCUCACCGUCCGCGUCACCGACACGUUCCAGGCCGAGUCGACGCUGGACAAUCCGUCCUACUUUAUCGACCCCUACGCCAACAGCACCUUUGACGCCAGCGGCUUCGUUCUCGCGGGGCUCUCCAAGGCGGUCAACCUGGCGCACAACAGCAAACAUGUCGAUGCCCGGGACGGCGUCAUGGUGUGGCAUCUCCAGGAUGACUUCUUACACCGCUCUUUACGCCGCCCCGACGAAGCCAAAAGUCUGUGGGAAGCAAAGCUCCUCCUUCACGACGACGCCGAGUACAUCAGAACGGCAAGCGCGGCCGUGCUUGUUCCGACAGACCCCGCCAAGAGCAACGGCCAGCGACAGGCUUGGCUCUUUGUGACGGGCUUCAUGUCCAAGAACGUGCUUGCCGUCAAGAUCAGCUUGUAG